GAGAGAUCAGCGCUCACUUGAAACAGUGACUUCCCACAUGCGCAUCUGCUCAACACAGCGAAGCGACUGAGAGAAAAUGGAUUUCGAUUCAAUUAUCCACGCCCUAAUUCCUUCCUCUACCUCUGUUACAUUGCUGGUUGGAUUCUUUGCUUACUUAGCAAUUGCCGGAUCCAUUAUUCCGGGGAAGCUUAUCCCCGGUGUGACCUUGCCGGACGGCACUCGUCUCCUUUACCGGUGCAACGGCUUGCUAUCACUGAUUUUUCUGCUUGUGCUACUCGGACUCGGGGCUUGGAAUAAGCUCGUAUCUCCUACUGCUGUAGCAGACAGAGGACUUGAGCUUUUGUCAACAACUUUUAUCUUUAGUUUUCUUGUAACAUUGGUACUAUAUGUUGCUGGUUGCAGAUCACAUGAUCAGAGUUCAUCACUAAAGCCCCAUGUUACAGGAAUCCUAAUUCAUGACUGGUGGUUUGGGAUACAGCUGAAUCCUCAAUUUAUGGGCAUUGACCUCAAAUUUUUCUUUGUUAGAGCUGGAAUGAUGGGAUGGCUGCUUAUCAAUCUCUCUGUCCUGGCCAAAAGUGCUCAAGAUUCCAACUUGAGCCAAUCAAUGAUCCUCUACCAGCUAUUCUGUGCGUUGUACAUUCUGGACUACUUCUUUUAUGAAGAGUACAUGACUUCCACGUGGGAUAUAAUUGCAGAAAAAUUGGGCUUCAUGCUAGUAUUUGGUGAUCUUGUUUGGAUUCCCUUCACUUUUAGUAUCCAGGGUUGGUGGCUUUUGAGUAACAAGGUGGAGCUAACAACAGCUGCUAUCAUUGCAAAUUGCAUUGUCUUUCUGAUUGGGUAUUGGGUUUUUAGAGGCGCCAACAUGCAGAAGCAUGUAUUCAAGAAGAACCCCAAAGCACCAAUAUGGGGUAGACCUCCAAAAGUUAUUGGCGGAAAGUUGCUUGCUUCUGGUUAUUGGGGAAUUGCAAGGCAUUGUAAUUACCUUGGGGAUUUACUUCUGGCUUCAUCCUUCAGCUUACCAUGUGGGAUAAGUUCCCCUGUUCCAUACUUUUAUCCAAUUUAUCUUCUUAUUCUGCUGAUAUGGAGAGAGAGACGGGACGAGGCACGCUGUGCAGAGAAGUAUAAAGAAGUGUGGGCAGAAUACCGUAAAGUUGUUCCAUGGAGGAUACUGCCAUAUGUUUAUUAACCAGGUCGUCAAACAGACUUAUCCACAGCCAAAUGCUAACUUCUUGAUUGCAUUUAUUACCUUUAUCAUGUAGAGAAAGUGGUCUCCGAGGAUUGCAUCUAGGAAGAAACUAAAAGUUGUGUUGUUUGUUGUUUUAUGUGCUAAAUACAUGCGCAUUGAAAUUUUUGAGUAAAUUGAGGUUUCGUUGCAUCGUUGAUGUUUAUCCCUUGAUGGGGGUGAGGAUUUAAUGUCUGUUAUCAAGAUUGUAUUUAAUUUGUUUAAUAAUUUAAUCAAUUGGCUAAGGACCAGUGCCUAUUGCCUUUUUU